GAGAACUGGAUUGGCUGUGAUGUGACAGGCGGCGAUGAUGCUAAUUCGUUUGUUGUGAUAAAGUGAGGAAAUGCCAGUAGGCAGCAGCAGUGACCUGAAGAAAUUUAUAGUUCAGCCAGCCUGAGCGUGAUGGCUCCACCAUGUAAGCGGGCGCCCCGCAGGGAGGAGUUUGUGCUAGAGUUAGCCUGUGAGUGGGGUUCAUGCCAUGAAACAUUCUGUGGAAUGCAGGAGUUCUGUCAGCAUGUGGAAGACCAUUACAGAGCCAUCGACACGGAUAGCGAGGAGCCAGAUCUACCAGAGGAGGUGCAAAGCUGCCUGUGGCGCGACUGUGGCUUCUGCUCAGUGCAGUAUGAUGGAGAGUUGCUGAGACACAUGCUUUUCCACAGCUACCACACCAAGCUAAAACAAUGGGGCUCAGCCAUGCUGAAGGCUAAUCCAGGUAUGGGUGUCUGCUUACUUGGUCUUCAGAACCGUAACAUUGUGCCUGAGGUUCAGGAGAGCUUCAUCUGCUUGUGGGAGCACUGUGAGAUGAACAUGGAUAAUCCAGAGUGGUUCUACAGACAUGUGGAGAUGCAUGCACAUUGUCUGGAGGUCAAUAAUGAGAACAUAAUGUACUGUGGCUGGAAAGAUUGCGAGGCAUCCUUUAAUGGCCGGUUCAAGUUACGGGAGCACAUGCGAAGUCACACCCAAGAGAAGCUGGUGGCGUGUCCAUCUUGUGGCGGGAUGUUUGCCAACAACACCAAAUUCUUUGACCAUAUCCGACGACAGACUUCUAUAGAGGGUCAAAGGUUUCAGUGCUCUCACUGCUCGAAGCGCUUCGCCACAGAAAGGCUUUUAAGAGACCACAUGAGGAAUCACGUUAACCAUUAUAAGUGUCCACUGUGUGACAUGACGUGUCCCUCACCGUCCUCACUAAGAAACCACAUCAAGUUCCGCCACAGCAGUGAGAAACCCUACAGCUGUGACUACUGUGAAUACAGUUGUAAGAACCUGAUAGACUUGCGGAAACAUCUGGAAACGCACAGCAGUGAGCCAUCCUAUCGCUGUGACUUUGCUGACUGCGAUUACUUCACUCGUUCCUUUCACUCGCUCAAAAACCACUACAGACGUGUGCACGAGGGAGACGACACUCCUCGCUAUAAGUGCCACGUCUGUGAGCAGUGCUUCACCAGAGGGAAUACUCUCACUGCUCACCUACGCAAGAAACACCAGUUUAAAUGGCCCUCAGGACAUCCCAGAUUCAGGUAUAAGGAGCACGAGGACGGCUUCAUGCGGCUGCAGCUAAUCCGCUACGAGAGCGUAGAGUUGACGGAGCAGCUAAUGCGGGAGCGGCAAGGAGAAGCGGACAGUGCCGAGUCUGUUCCCCAGACACCGUGCCACCAGUCUGGGGAGGAGUCAGAGGACCGUGGACUUUCUGUUAACACAGAUGGAACAUUUACAGAAUCGAACUCGAAGGGGGGCGAGCGAGAUGAAAAUGGGCUGCUUGUCCUUAGAAGCAGAGCAUCCUCACAUGAUUUGAGGGAGGAAUCAGUGAUGCAGCAACUGCAGGAUACAGCCCAGCAGCUGGGCAUGGAGGUGGUCUAAUGCCUGUUGCACAUGAGUCAUUUUAGGGAGGUGCCCAAUCUUUCCUGUAUUGAAGACCUGGCACAUCGUAUGCACUUCUGUAGUGUGCACUGCUCACUGAGCCAGUUCUCCCAGUCACAGAUCAGUCAUUUACGGUGCAGUUUCUUCAGCAUGUCUGAAAUUAGCAACCGUCAGUUAUGUAGUGUGCCGUGUUCAUCCCAAACUCAAUUCAUCAGACUGCACACAAAGUAAAGGGGAGCUUUUUUGUCCCAAAUAGUACAACAUCUUAUAAAUAGUGUGUUAAAUUAUGGUCUCGAUGGAUCUGGUGUCACAUGGAAACACUGGACACAAGCCAGGGAAACACCCUUACCAUGACAGCUGCCCAUUGCAGGACAACACUUACUAACAUAAAGAGAGAGCAGCUAGUCUACCUUCUACAAGUUAUUUGAUGGUGGGAUUGUUUUACACACAAUAACUAAAGGCAAGAAUCAAACCCACGUUCCUUAGACCCAUGUUGCUGUGCAGCAUCUACUUUACCAGCCAAUGUGUUGCUCCACUUGUUGUAAAGUUGUAAAGUAAAUUAAGAUUUUAUAUUUGGACGUUUUUAUUCAAAUGAACUCGCAAUUAAUGGUACAUUCCAAGAAACAGUGCGUUAAGCAGUAGCAGUUUCCUGGUGGUUCAGUACCUUAACCGAUGCCCACCAGUGAAUAUUUUGAGAACAUUUGAGAACUAAAUGAACAUGUGUACUUUAUUUAGUGUAGUUUAAGACACAGGCCUUUAGCCAAAGCACCACUGAAUAAAUUCACACACCCAAUAAAACACUCCAUACACCUUUUAGUUUUCGAGUUGACAUAUUCUGUUAAGUGUUUUUUUACUCAUGCUUUCACAGUGCAGCUUUAAUCUUGCACUGUAUUGUGCAUUUUAGUUCUUUUGCUUCACUUGUAUUUGUUUCAGCAAAAGAGGAUAGUCUAACCAUGUACAUAGCUGCCUGGUUGUGCAUCGCUAAACAUUUGCAGGACAAGUCAUGCAGUGUGCGCUGUCAAGCAAUUUAAAGUAUUUUGCUUUGUGUAGUGUGCACUAGGUUUGACCAUGCCCCAUAGCUUUACAUUCCAUCCUGUAGUUUGCACAAAAGGUAAACAUUGAUUACAUUGAUUAAAAUGAAACGUAUGGGCACAGGUACUCGGGUAUGUGCUUGUGUCUGUUUUUAUGCACUAUUGUGACAAAGGGAUGAUAAUGAUGUGGACGUGUCUUACAUUGUGUUUGUGUCCGACUUGUUAGAAAGUGUUAAACUUUUUAAAGGUUGCUUUUUAAUUCAGUUUUGUGGGUACAGCAAUGACUGAGAAUGAACAAAUUGUUUUGUAGGCUUGAUAAUUACACUGUACAGUUUUCUGAUGGUUGUUUGUAAGGCAUGAUAACUGGAGAUGCUACUGAUAAACGUUUAUA